GAAGUUCAGCCGAAAACAUGUGUAUAUGUGCCAUCGGAAGAGACUGCCAGCAACGCAUAGUUUCAGAUUAAAGAAGUCAUGGUUUGAUGGAAAAACUGAACCAGGGAUAAAGGGAAGAAUAUUGACUGGAAAAGAAAUUUCUCAAAACCUGAAAAAUUUCAAAAAUGACUUUGGAAAUCUGAAACGAUCUGGACGCAAGAGAAAAAAGACUGAGUCUAAUGGUAUGGAGUCUGAUGACGAGGAGUUAUCAAGUGAGUCGGAAGAUGAUGAAGAAGAUGAAGUAAAUGUAGAUGAGGAUGAGUUAUCAAGAUGGAAGAAAAGGUCUAUAUUUUUCAAGUUACCGUAUUGGGAGGAUCUUCCUGUGAGGCAUAACUUAGAUGUUAUGCAUGUAGAAAGGAAUGUGGCUGCAAGUAUUCUUUCUACUGUGUUACAUUGUAAGAAAUCAAAGGAUGGUCUAAAUGCCCGUAAAGAUCUGGAGCAUCUUGGUAUUAGAAAGGAUUUGCACCCUAGGAUUCAAGGGAAAAGAACAUAUCUACCUGCAGCUCCUUGGUCUCUAUCGAAGAAAGAGAAAAAAAAUUUAUGUAGUCGUCUUGUUGAUUUCAAAGGACCAGAUGGAUACUGCUCAAACAUAGCAAAAGGCGUAUCUGUAGACGAAUGUAAAGUGACAGGUCUGAAAUCACAUGACUACCACGUAUUAAUGCAACAACUCCUUCCAGUUGCACUUAAAGGUCUGAAAUCACAUGACUACCACUUUUAUGAUAAAGUAUCUGAUUAA